AUGCCACUCCCCGAAAAAACGAAGCAAUGGGUCGUUGAGCGGUUCGAUGGCCCUUCAGGGCUGGAGUUCAAAGAGGCCGACAUCCCUAAACUUGGCAAUCAUGAUGUUCUUCUCAGAGUCCACGCUGUUUCGUUGAAUUAUCACGAUGUCGGAACUCUCAGAGGACACUACCAACAUGCUUUCAAAGGCGUUGUGCCUGUCUCAGAUGGUUCCGGAGUCGUCAUAAGUACCGGAUCAGACGUCACAAGCUUUCAACCUGGGGAUAAAGUUGCAACAACAAUGAGUCCCUGGGAAUCUGGCCCACUCAAACAGUCCAAUAUCGACAGCCUGCUUGGAAACGCCUUGCAUGGCGUCCUCCAAGAAUAUGCUGUUGUUCCAGAGCAACAUCUCAUAUCUCUUCCACAAAAUCUUAGCUUCGUUGAAGCUAGCACGUUGCCUGUUGCUGGUCUCGCGGCUUGGAACGCCAUAAACGGUGCCCAAGGCCGUCCCCUUCUCCCGGGGCAAUGGGUUCUCACCCAGGGUACUGGAGGCGUCAGCACAUUUGUGAUAUUGUUUGCUAAAGCCAUAGGCGCUAACGUCAUUGCAACUACCUCAUCCACUGCAAAAGCUGAGCGACUUCGACAAAUAGGGGCAGACCAUGUCAUCAACUAUAAGGAAAUUCCUAAUUGGGGUGAUCAUGCCAAAGCACUUACCCCUGGAGGAGAAGGAGCCGAUCUAGUGAUCGAAAUCGGCGGCGGUGCGACGCUCAAACAGUCUUUGAAUGCCGUGAGGCUAGAUGGGCUUAUCUCAGUGGUUGGCUUGCGAGGAGGAGUGAGCCCCGCUGAACAGCCCGUUUUGAUGGAUAUCUUUUUUCGCUUCUGUACAAUCCGCAUCGCAGUCGUUGGUCCUCGUGUCCAGUUCAAGGAGAUGAAUCGUUUUAUUAAAAGCAAGGGAAUUAAGCCUAUGGUUGACGAUCGAAACUUCAGACUUGAGGAGGCAAAAGAUGCCUUUGAAUAUCUGGAGUCAAUGGGUCACUUUGGCAAAGUUUGUAUCAAGGUAGUUCACAGCGAUUAA